UUUAGGUGCUACAAAAGCUAGGGAAAGCGGAUGAAACAAAAGAUGAACAGUUUGAGGAAUAUGUUCAAAACUUCAAACGGCAAGAGGCGGAGGGUUCCAGACUUCAGAGAGAACUACGAGGAUAUUUAGCUGCUAUCAAAGGCAUGCAAGAGGCCUCUAAGAAACUUACUGAGUCUCUUCAUGAAGUAUACGAGCCAGAGUGGUAUGGCCGGGAAGAUGUGAAAAUGAUCGGAGAGAAAUGUGAUGAACUCUGGGAAGACUUUCAUCAAAAGUUGGUGGAUGGGUCAUUGCUGACUCUGGAUACAUACCUGGGACAGUUUCCCGAUAUAAAAACUCGCAUUGCAAAGCGAAGCAGAAAGCUAGUUGACUACGACAGUGCAAGACAUCACUUAGAAGCCUUGCAGAGCUCAAAGAAAAAAGAUGAAAGCAGAAUUACUAAGGCAGAGGAAGAGUUUCAAAAAGCACAGAAAGUGUUUGAAGAUUUUAACUCUGAUUUACAAGAGGAGCUGCCAUCUUUAUGGUCAAGACGAGUUGGUUUCUAUGUGAACACAUUCAAAAAUGUAUCCAGCCUUGAAGCCAAGUUUCACAAGGAAAUAGCUCUGCUAUGCCACAAAUUGUAUGAGGUGAUGACCAAGUUGGGAGAUCAGCAUGCAGACAAGGCCUUCACUAUCCAAGGAGCACCCAGUGACUCAGGUCCACUCCGCAUUGCAAAAACGCCAUCACCACCUGAGGAAGUCUCCCCUGUUCCUAGUCCUACAGCUAGUCCUAAUCAUAUGCUGGCACCUGUUUCAUCACCAGCACCUGCCCGACCUAAAUCACCUUCACAGUUGAGGAAAGGACCUCCUGUCCCACCACUGCCUAAACUCACACCCACAAAGGAGCUGCAGCAAGAGAAUAUCAUCAACUUCUUUGAUGACAACUUUGUUCCAGAAAUCAAUGUGACAACUCCUUCACAGAAUGAAGUUCCUGAAGCCAAGAAAGAGGAAUCUUUGCUAGAUCUGGAUUUUGAUCCUUUCAAGCCAGAAGUGAUAUCAGCAGUACCAACACAUUCCCCCAUGUCUCAGACAUUGCCCUGGGACCUGUGGACGACAAGCAGUGAACUCGUGCAACCGCCUGAUUCUUCAAAAAGUCUUUCCCUGUGUAACCUGGUCAUGGAGGAAAGCCCAAACAGUGGGUCAACAGAAGAUAUUAACCGAUCCCAAACUGAUCUAGGUUCACUCAACUGGGGCCUAGAUGUUAGCACACCCAGUGUCAGCCAGGAAAUCACUUCAGGUGGUUCUUUCUCUUUCCCAGAGGAGGAACAGACUUCAAGAGAACCCAUUGACACACUAUCUACUACUGUUUGGCCUGCUGUAAGUGAGCAGGAGAAUGAUGAAGUGGGGUCAGCCUCCAUAGAAGAAAAUGAGAGGACUUCAUUGGAGGCACAGUUGGAUGCUAGAAAUGUCACAUCGAAAGAUUUGGAAAUUGAUCAACUUUUAGAGAGCAAAAACGGUUCUGAAAUGCCUGAUGUGGGAACUGAUAGCUUGUUGGAUGAAUGUGAUUGUGAUGUGCAAGAGACAGAGGAUCAGAAGCAGGAAGAAGAAGAAGAGUCUAUGUGGGCAGGUGUGGAGCCAAAUGAAAAGGUAGAGACCAGAGCUGUUAACUUCCAGGAGAUAGAGCAUACAGAUGAGUUUGAAGAGAGAGAUUAUGAAACUAAAGAAAGCAGUGACAUAGAACGUCUUAAGGGCUUAGGAAAACUAAACCAUGAAACCCUAGAAAUUACCGAGAUAGAAACUGGGCAGGAGUCAGAAACUGUGUGGGAAUCAGAAUAUAAUAAUGGGCAAACUGAGACAAUUGUUAACAAUUACCUUAAGGAAACAGACCUAGGAAAGCAUGGGCAAGUAGAAUUUGAAGGGGUAAAUGUAAUUCAGGAGAUAGACAGAGAAGGUUCUGGGUGUGUACUGGGCACAGGGCUGGAAGAUGAGGCCCAAAUAGUAGCAAGCAUUUGUAAAAGUGUAGAAUAUGCUGACAUUGAACCUGAUAUCUGGAACCAGGACCAUGAAACAGCGUGUGUGGCUGACUUAGAACAUCCUGGCAGUGUCACUGGAGGGAAUACAGCCUUGGAGUGCAUAAAUAUUAUGGAGCAUGUUGACCUAGACAUAACUGACCACCCAGAAAAGGACACUUCAUAUGUUGGAAACAUUGUGUGUGACACUGAAUUAUUCAGUACAGAAGACCCUGGUAAAGGAAUUGAAGACAAUAGCAUCAGCAUCUUCCAAAAUGGUAGUGCAGCCAAUGAAUGUCAAGUUGACUUCAUACCCUUUGAGAAAGAAUUGGCAUUGCGGCCUGAGUCAGCUGACACAACUAAUGCAAACUGCAAUAAUUCUUGUUUAGAUAAUAUGGAAGAUAAAUUGAUAGAGAGGGCAGCAACUGCAGUGACUGAAGACCAUCAUAGUAACAGUAGUAUCCCUGGAGCCUCAGAAACUGAUCCCUGGCUAGCAAACUGGGAUCCAACAGUUAAUAAUGAUUCCUGGGGGUUUUCUAGUCUGCCCGAUGGCCAAAAAAAUGGAUUGGAUAAUUGGCCUUUUUUCCAUAAGCCGCAAGACUCAGAGGAAGGUAACAUGGAAAACAAUUGGCCAGGCUUUAAUGAUGAAUGGUCUACCCAAGACUUGGGAGGCAUAGAUAAAAGCUGGGGAGAUGUAAGUGUAACCACAAGCAGUAAAAAUCAGGAGUCACCUUUAAAACAAGGCUCAUCUGGGGAGCAGGCAAGCAUUAGCAACCUUGGACCAAGCAAGGAGAUAGCUAGACCCUUGGUUCUGUUUCAAAUGGGAAAUUCCAGAAAUGCUAGCACCGAGAGUUCAACUAGUCCCAAAGACAAUGAGACCAACAACUCAGAUUUAUCUGAAGAUGAAAUUGCUAACCGGAGAUAUGGAUUGUUGUACCAGGAAAUUGAGGCUGAUAAAGAAGAGGUACCUACCCCAGUGUGUAGCAUAGUCUAGACAGACUUCCUUAGGUCAUACAUAACCUUGUUUCUUAUAAAGAACCCAUUUACAUGUUCCCCCCCCACUCCUCUAGACCCUUGCUAAUCUUGUUGAAGAUUUGUCAUUCAACUAUUUGAAUUGUGGUGGCUCCAACAACAUAAGUAUAGUAGGCUGAUAAAAAAAGGUUGACUGUUGAAUGAUGUUCAUAAAACAUAAAGUUCACCCCAAUCUCAUUAUUUCAAAAAAUAUUUCCAAAAAAUGCACUUACAUUCUUUUCAACAUCUCAGUAGCAUUCUACCUUUUUUUAAGCCUAUUAAAAUGUUACACAAUAGCAUUACAAUUUUGAUCAGCAUUCUUGCUGUCUUGUCCUUCAUUUUUUUUUAAGUUCAGCACAUUUUUAAUUUGCUAAUAAGAAUAAUUUAGCUUAAUGGUCUGAGUUUUGUAAGUAAUUAUGAAAAUUUUUUUCUGAUC